AGUAAUUUGAUUUCAAACGCGGAGUGUGAAUACGUAAUAUAAAAUUGAGAAUUUAAAAUAUGAAAAAAUAUUUUAAUUUUGGUGAAGAAGCUGAGAAGGUGGAGAUGGUGGCUUCCAGUUUUUUGUCCUCACGGACGCGACCCCUUUAUCUCUCUCUCUCAUCAUUUCGGCUCUGUCAUUUCUGAAAUCCCAGAGCACAACAAAUAGUCUCUCCAAUUUUUCCUUUUCGAUUACAUCUUCAGCCCUUCAUCUUCGUCGUGGUGAUGAGGAGAGGGAGAGCGGCGGCGGACACGGCGGUGCGUGUGGUACCAAUAACCGGGUCGGAACGGAGAUACAGAGGAGUUCGCCGAAGGCCAUGGGGGAGAUUCGCGGCGGAGAUUAGAGACCCAUUGAAGAAGACCAGAGUUUGGUUGGGCACCUUCGAUUCCGCUGAGGAUGCCGCCCGUGCUUACGACAACGCCGCCAUAUCCCUCCGCGGCCCCAAAGCUAAAAUCAAUUUCCCCCUUCCCACUCCCACCUCCUUUUUCGACUACCCUCCUCCUUGCCCUGAUCGCCGAUUCCUUACUAACCCUCACAGACCCACUUCCAGCACCCUCAGCUCCACUGUUGAGUCCUUCAGUGGUCCCCGACCACCCUCUGCGGCGGCUGCCACUUCCGCCUCUCGUCGAUACCCACGCACGCCGCCCGUCGUCCCUGAGGAUUGUCAUAGCGACUGCGAUUCGUCGUCCUCGGUCAUCGAUGACGGCGACAUCGCUUCCUCGUCCAUGAUUCGUCGGAAAUCUCCCCUGCCGUUCGAUCUUAACAUUCAACCGUCUGAUCAUCUAGAUUUUUGGUGGCGAUGAUGAUGCCCAUCAAGAAUUCAAUAUUUUAUUAUUUGUUUUUAUUUUUAUUUUUUUUGUUUACUUCACUGUGCCGGCGACAGAGAGAAAGAGAAAUUACAGAUAAGAUUAUGGAAAAUGAAAAGCAAUGAUUUAUUUGGAGAACUA